AUGCUCAACACCAAACGCCCGAGUUCUGAUGACAUUGUUUCACCUCCUUCUAAACAUCUUUGUGAAAAUUCUUUGAAACAAUCUCCAUUGUCUGCAACACCUGCAAAACGUCCAGCUGAAGAAGAGUGUAUUUCUUAUCGUCGUCUCAAAUCUCUCCGCUUUGAGUAUGAUGAUGUGGCUUUACUUGUUUUUACAGAUCCUAGUAGUUUUGAAGAAGCUAUGUCUAGUGAAGAAGCUGAGUUUUGGCUUGAAGCCUGUGUUAUUGAAAUGUCGUCUCUUAAACGCAAUGGUACUUGGGAAUUGGUUGAUCUCCCACCUGGUCGCAAGGCUAUCAAUAGCAAAUGGGUGUUUAAAGUUAAGCGCAAAGCUGACGGUUCAAUUGAACGUUACAAAGCUCGUCUCGUGUGUAUUGGAUUUUCGCAAGUUGAAGGUAUUGAUUAUACUGAAACUUUUGCUCCCGUUGUUCGUUACGAGACUGUGAGGAUUGUUCUUGCUAUUGCUGCUCAGUUUGGGUUCCAGGUUCAUCAUAUGGAUGUCGAGACUGCAUUUCUUAAUGGUGAUCUCAAAGAAGAUAUUUAUAUGAGACAACCUAAAGGCUUUGUUGUCAAAGGUCAGGAAUCUAAAGUGUGUCAUUUGAAGAAGUCUUUAUAUGGUUUAAAGCAAGCUCCUUUGUGUUGGAAUGAGAAGAUUCAUGGUGCUCUUGUCAAACUUGGGUUUAUUCGUAAUGAAAGUGACUACGGUGUGUAUACCAAAGGAUCUGGGUCUACCAUGGUUAUUAUUGCACUAUUGUCAACCAUAGUUUCCCACCCAAACUCACGUGCAUUAUCAACUGCACUAGUCUGCGACAACAUUGCAUGCUCAACAAAACUGGGCAUAUAA